GGGGCGUGUGGAUUUUAUUGUCACGUGAUAAGAUCUGGGAUAGGUGAAAAUGGCGACGUACGAAUGGCAUGCAAGACCUAGAGAAUAUGAAGCAGAGAAGAGAAAACUUCUGCUGAAAGGUGAUGUGACUACAGAGCAUCCUCUGAAGCCCAUAACGGUGCACGUGGCCGAAGCAAAGCUUCGCAAGUCAACUAGUCGCAUGAGCACCAGUGGUACUCCCAAGCAGGACGCCGCCAAGAAAGCGACCUCGAAUGUUGACCCCUUGAGCAGUGCCUUGGAGGGCAGUGACCCCCUGUCACUGUUUGCUGCUGCAGCUGCGGCCAAACCCAAGGUAGACCCACUCGCUGAUCCUCUGUCUCUUGCAUUGGGACUUUCCAAGAAAGAUGCAACGGACUCUGCAGCCCAAAGACUUCCCGCAGGACUAGAUGAUUCCUUUGAGCCUUGGUCUAGUAAGAAAGCCGGCAUCCUGAGCAAGUACACCACCUCAGAGAAGCUCUCCAUUACAACGAGUUUUCUAUCACCUGCUGAUCGAGAAAAGGUGACGGUGAAAACCCAGGUAGUCCAAGGCACAGUCACAGACAAGGUCAAGAACAGACUAGAACAGCUGGAUGACUUUGAGGAGGGUUCCGUGAAGGAGAUGUUGAACCUUAGCCAGCAGGAGUAUGUCUACCGUAUUGAAGAGCUCAACCAAGCUCUCAUCAAUGCUUGGGAUCUGGACCAGAAAGUCAAGGCUCUGAAAAUUGCCAUUCAGUGCUCCAAGCUUCUUGCUGACAUUUCCGUGAUUAAGUUCUACCCGAGCAAGUUUGUUCUCAUCACCGAUAUACUGGACACGUUUGGUCGUCUUGUAUACGACAGGAUCCAUAGAAAGUCCACCUACCUGCCUCCCGGAAGCAACACCUCUCAGGUCCUGCCUGUUCACUUCACCCCGGAGCAGGUGCCCAACUCGGCCAAGGAGACCUGCAGGAACUGGUUCUUCAAAAUCGCUUCUAUCCGAGAACUCAUUCCAAGGCUCUAUGUAGAGACAGCUAUCUUGAAAUGUUACAGCUUCCUCACUCAAGGGGAGUACUCCCAAGCAUUGCUAAGACUAACCAAUCAGAUGAGGGGAGUUGGAGACCCUCUGGUAGCUAUCUAUGCCAGAGCAUACCUUUGCAGGGUUGGAAUGGAUGUUGCCCCAAAUGCUCGUGAUCAUCUCAUAAGUAACUUCUAUGACUUCCUAGGCACCUACCAACAGCUUCAAAGUGACACGGUACAGAACAUCUUGGCAGUCCAGAGGUUGGACAUGGCUUCCUAUCUUUCCCUCUACUCUCCCGCCCUCGAUUGGAUUCUACAAUCGGUAGCAUACAAUGCUUCUGAGGAAGUCUUGACAGAGAUUUUGGACAAAUGCAAGAAGCAAUGUAACAGUGCCUUGCUGCUGAACUCAGUCAUGUCAGCAUUUAAACCAGAGUACAUCGGUAGCAGAGCCAUCAGGUUCAUUGAGCUGAUCAAGGAAAGCGAAGAGGAGGGAUUCCCAAAGCAUAACCUAUACCGGUCUUUGGGUACCAAUCUGACCAUGACUGACCCUCCGGAGCAGCAGAGGUUGUCCGUCCUCAACGAGGUCUGGAAAGCGGUCAUGAAGCUCAAGAACCCUUCAGAUUACAUCAGUUGUGCCGAGGUCUGGAUUGAAUAUCCCUGCCGUCAUUUCACAAAAAAGGAGGUGAACACCAUCUUGGGCGAUAUCAUCAAGCACAUGACACCAGAUAGAGCUUUUGAGCAGCACUACCCACAGCUCCAAUCUGUGAUGUCUAAAGUUCUGUCACACAUGCACAACUUCUCCAUCCUCUUUGUUAUGGACAAGUUUCUGCCCUUUGUUGAUAUGUUCCAGAAGGAUGCAGUGAAGGUUGAGAUUUGCAAGACAAUCAUGGAGGCAUUCUGCAAAUACCAAGAGGAGCAGACCAAAGACCCAGUCAUAGUGAAUGCUGUCAUGUUCAUCUGCAAGACCAUGCAUGAUUCUAUCAAUGCCUUGACUCUAGAUGAUGAGAGGAGAGAUAUCGGGACACUCAUCUCCGGCUUCGUUCGGAAGAUCAACUAUGGUCGAGACUUUGAGCAGCAGCUGUCAUUCUAUGUAGAAUCGAGGGCUAACUUCAGCAACCUUGAUGCAGUAUUGGUCACACUUGUACAGUGUGUGAACCGGCUGGCUGCAGAGACCUGCGCUGUUAUGAAGGGAAACCAUUCCAGGAAAACCUCUGCAUUUGUUAGGGCGUGUGCAGCCUAUUCCUUCAUCACCAUCCCCUCCAUAGUGGGCAUCUUUCACCGUCUUAACCUUUACCUAGCAUCAGGUCAAGUAGCUGUACUCAACCAAGCUCUUACACAAGCUGAUGCUUUCUUCAAGGCUUCCAUCAGUUUGAUCCCGAGUGUACCCAGGAUGCUAGUGAUCGAUCGCAAGAUGAGAUCUUCCGAGCUCCUUCUCCUCAACUAUGUCAAUAGCUUUCUCUCUACUCUGCUAACAGUACCGGACAACCCAGAGCAGGGAUGCCUGUAUCUCCUGCGGGGUCUUCUCAAUGUUUUCCAAGACUACGCUUGGGACACCCAUAGCGAUGCCAAGGCUCGUAUCUAUAUGAACGUACUGUGUCUUCUCUCUGCCCAGUCUCAGGACCAAUUUGCAUACCAUGUCAAAAAUGUGGAUUCAAAUGACGCCCUCUAUGGUAGCGAUAAGAAGUUUCUGGGGGAGGUCAGCGCAGUGGCUGGGACACUCAUCCUUGCUAUCCUUGACCACUGCAAGACUCUGGGUCAAGAUGGCGGCGUGAAAAGACAAGCAGUGAUUGCUAGCGAGUUCUUUGAGUGCAUCAUCCUCCAUGGUGAUAUUAGUCAACCGGCCAUGUCGGGUCUAGCUCUCAAUCUAUGGAACCUUGCUCAGAAGAAUGGACAGGCUGACACCAAAUACAUGGUUCGUCUGCUAGAGUAUGUGAAGCGGAAGGGCCCUAAACCAGGGGGAAAACCCUUUGCUGCUCUCGCCUCCAGUAUGUCUCUACAGACUAGGACAUAGUAUGAACUAUAAAGUUUAAGUUCCAAUCCUUUCUUACCAUUUCAUUCAUGUAUUUUACUAUUUCUCCUUGUCUUUUCUUACACAUUUACAUGUAUAUAUAUCUUGAUCCUUCUUCACCCUUUACUAGUACUUCUAAUAUUUGUCAUCACCUCUUGAAUUCCAUCUCCUUUCUGUCCGUUUCCUCUUUCCCUCUCUCUCUCUCUCCCCUCUCUCUCUCCCCCUCUCUCUCUCUCUCUCUCUCUCUCUCUCUCUCUCUCUCUCUCUUCUCUCUCUCUCCUCUCACUCGCUGCUUCUCUUGCUUUUUGCCCCUCUCUUUGCUAUCUUUUCAGGCGAUCCCUGAUAAUGUUCUUUCUAGUGUUAAUUCAUUUUAUUUAUUAUCAUAACCAGAUAUCAUUAUCAUAAUCAGAAACACUGCAUUUAUGAUGGAAGAGAAGAAAAGAAAAACAAUAAACUAAUUGCCAUACUUAUUCUCCCAGUUUCUAUCAUAUUUGAGACUUUAAAGACACAUAAAAGUGGAGUCUCCUGGGGAAUUUGACACCCUUCAGGUGUUUUCAAUCACCUGAAUUAGCCUUCAGUUUUAUGACCAACAAGCUUUAUGUAAAGCUCUGUCAUUUUCCCAUAUGGUAAAGUCCUUAUUUGACAUUUGCAGCCCUCUCCGAGGACUCUCCGAGAGACAGAGACGAGGAGGUAUUUGUGGAUUGGACCACCUGUUUGUGUGUGCAGACUUGUAAACCCAUUAACCCUUACUGUACUGGGCUAUUUUGAGCACCCUCUG